UUUGCAAUCCGACGCAGGACGACCGCACUGGCCAUGCGUGCUGUCGGACGAGCCAUUCCGUUCAAGUGUUCACCAUCCAGCGGAUGGACAGUGUAAAGGGGUUUCUUCGAGAAGUCCCACAAAAGUGUUCGAGCAUUGGUGUCGUUCUGGCUGGAAAUGUGUGAGGAGUAUCAUUUGCGAUUCGGCGGAACAAAUCGUGAUGUUGUGAAGCAUACGCGGUACAGCGAGCCCUAGAAAAACAGUGAAAAUUUCGGAAUCCCGCGUAGACAGUGAGUGUGCUUAUGUGCAAGUGUGUGCGAGUGUGUACGCGUUACCGUUCUUAGCUCCGCUGGUGGUGAGCGGAUUCGACGUGCGAGUUUGUGAGCAUGAGCGCGGAGUAGGCCACGGAAAGUCAGGUCGGAAAAUUCCACACAACCACCGAAGCCGUAGGUUGGGUAUUGUGUGAGUGUCCGUGGGAGCAGCAGUGCCCCAAGCUCGCCUGGAGCGAGACAGCGACAAAGAGAGCGCUGCUGAAAGGUAUCACAGGAAGAAAAAAAAAAGGUACAUCCCAACAGUAGCGUUCGGAUCGCGAGCGAAGACAAGAUGGCGUCGGUGCGUGGGGAAGAACAUAGCCUCCGAGUGAGCGCGUCGGAUCGGGAACGGGAUCGCGGUGGAGGUGGUCACCCCCAAACUGGCGGGGGAGAUGAAUGCGAAUCCAUUAUGGAAAGUGCGGCACUACAUUCGAGUGAGCAGAGUGUGAUUAGAUUAUCAGCGCGCGCUAGGUGCCGGAGAAAACUGCAAGCAUCGGGCGCAAGUAAGGCGGUCGCGGUGUAUCCCGAGGGCGUACCAGCGAACGCAACCCAUCGGAACCGGCAGUAUCUCUGUCAUAGUCACAGUAAUUCCAUUAAAAGCCCUAAUCGCCCGGACAAUAAUAUUCGCACCGAAGCGGAGCAGGGCGCCGACGAACGGCAACGCAACAGCGCCCUCAAGCGUCGACCCAUCGUCAGAGAGUGCGAUGCGGACAAUAAAAGCAACGACCAUUGCCAGCAGGCUCUGACGGCUGCCGAGGCUUCCGGGAGCGUCGAGCUCGCUGCAGCAUCAUUCAGCCUGCCAAAGAUUUUGAGCAAUACCAUGGCAACGGUGCGGUUGCCCAGGCUGCUGUUGCUAGGCCUGCUGCUGGCCCAGCUCGGACCCGGUUGCACCGGAUUCGUGCUCGAUGGGUCGCAGAACAGUUUCGCACAAUUCCGCAAGUGGUACACCGGGCUCAAUGGGUCGCUGGAGCUUGAGUUCAAAACGGAGCAGCCGAAUGGGCUCGUGCUGUACACCGACGAUGGUGGCACGUUCGACUUCUUUGAGCUGAAGCUGGUCGAGGGUGCCCUACGACUGCGGUACAAUCUUGGUGGAGGCGCACAAAUCAUCACCGUCGGAAGGGACCUGCACGACGGUCACUGGCACAAAGUUCAGGUGAUGCGCAACGAUGAACACACAACCCUCACCGUCGACGGUGUUUCGCAGAGCCGCAGCUCCCGAGGGAAGGAGUUUUUGUUUGGCAAGUUUGCGACCAACUCGGACGUCUUUGUCGGUGGAAUGCCAAACUGGUACAACACCAAGCUGGCCCUACUGGCGUUGCCGAGCGUCAUCUUCGAGCCGAGGUUCCGGGGAUCGGUACGAAAUCUGGUCUACUCGGACCAGCCGGGCGUGUCCCCACGCCGACAAGAGAUGCGACAACCGCGCGACAUCAAGUGUGGCGACUCACCCUGCGAUCUGACGGCGAUGCCACGCGAAAAAGUGACACGGCCGCACACCACCACCACCACCACGCACCAGCACCGCAGCUUAGCGCCAUCCCGGCCACCCGUUGACACGUGGUCCUGGCACGUCAAGCCGUCCACGUUGUCUCCCGUCCGAUGGUGGUGGCCUUCUUCCGGUGCCUUCGGGUUGGCACACUAUGUCCGGCACCGACGCCGUCGUCGUCGCCACGUGGGCCGGACGUGGAAGCGGAACGCACAAUUCGGCGGCAUCUAUCCGCCCAACUACGAUCUCGUCCAUCACUGCCUUCGCACACUGCCGUCCGAAAAGCAACUGCGCACCAAUGUUACGGAUGCCUGCGAGCGCCACGACCCGUGCCAGCAUGGAGGCAUCUGCAUAUCGACCGACUCGGGCCCAAUCUGCGAGUGUCGAAAUCUCGAGUACGAAGGACCUUACUGCGAACGAGAUAAAGCACCCUCUGAGGCCACCUUUCGAGGAACGGAGUUCCUGUCGUACGAUCUCGGGCAGACUGGAGGAGAGCCGAUCGUUAGCGCCCAGGAUGCCAUCACGCUAUACUUUCGCACUCGCCAACCAAACGGAUUGCUCUUCUACACCGGUCACGGAACUGAUUAUCUGAAUUUGGCCCUGCGCGAUGGCGGCGUCUCGUUGACCAUGGGCCUAUCGAACGGGAAGCAGGAAAUGCACAUCAAACCAUCCCGGGUACGCUUCGACGACCAUCAGUGGCACAAAGUUACGGUUCAUCGACGGAUACAGGAGAUCUCAACGAUAACGAGCUUUUGCCGGCUGGUUGCCGUCGUGGACGAUGUGUAUACGGACCAUUCACAUAUCGCUGGCAAGUUCACGAUGCUGUCGUCGUCCCGAGUGUACGUCGGUGGUGCGGUUAAUCCUCGUGCCCUUUUGGGUGCCCGGGUGCACAACAACUUUGUGGGAUGCCUUCGGAAGGUGGAGUUCUCAGCCGACACGCUACGCCUCAAUCUGAUCGAUCUGGCGCGCACCGGAUCAAAGUUGAUACAAGUCGCCGGACGGGUUGAUUACACGUGCCCAUCCGGAGACCCACAGGAUCCGGUGACGUUCACCACGCGCGAAUCAUACCUGCUGCUGCCACCGUGGGACGCUUCGAAGCAGGGCAUCCUGUCGUUCAAGUUCCGCACAAACGAGCCGAACGGAUUAAUUAUCCUCAACACAAUGACGCGAGCCCCGAAGAGCAACUUCUUCGCGGUGGAGCUGCUAAACGGGCACAUCUACAUCCACAUGGACCUCGGCUCGGGUGCGGUGAAAGUGCGAGCCUCACGCCGUCGCGUGGAUGACGGUGUCUGGCACGAACUGUCCCUGCGUCGGAACGGUCGCGACGGUAAAGUCGGUGUCGAUGGCCAGUGGAACGAAUUCCGAACACCCGGUGAGGCGUCUCAGAUGCAGCUGGACAGUCCAAUGUACAUCGGUGGCAUUGGACCGCCGUAUGCCGACACCUACGUUCCACCAGCCAUCUGGACCGCUACUCUGCGCCAGGGUUUCGUCGGGUGUCUGCGAGACCUCACGCUAUCCGGAAAACCCGUCGACAUCGCACACAUCGCGCGUCUCCAGGACUCGGGCGCCAUCAAACCAUCGUGUCACGUGAUAGCGAACCAGUGUGGUGGUCAGGUUUCACCCUGCCAAAACGGUGGUCAAUGUACGGAAGGCUGGAACCGGCCGCUCUGUGAUUGCUCGGCCACUCUGUUCACGGGUCCGACUUGUGGGCGUGAAUCGGCCACACUCGCUUUUAACGGAACGCAGCACAUGGCCAUCUGGAUCGGAGGUACGCAGGGUAGCCGCACGCAGACGGAGGAGUUGGUCAUUCGCUUCAAGACAUCACGACCUGCCGGGCUACUGCUGCUUACCAGCGCCGAGACCAGCUCAUCGGACCGGCUCGAGAUAGGGCUAGUAGCAGGCCGAGUCCGGGCUAACGUGCGGCUCGGUGAUCGCGAAAAGAACCUACUCGCCGGGCAGGGUGUCCUAAACGACAACAACUGGCACACGGUGAGGUUCUCUCGCCGUGCGUCGAACCUGCGGCUGCAAGUUGACGGGACACAACCCGUCAGGGGUAUGUUAUCCGAAGCGAUCCUGGGACGCCACAGCACACUCGAGGUGAAGUCUAUCCACCUGGGAGGGCUUUUCCACGCUGAGGAAGAGAUCCAAAUGACAGCCGCCAUGCCCAACUUCGUCGGUCAGCUACAGGGCUUCGUGUACAACGGACACCGAUACAUCGACCUCGUGAAGUCGCUUGGGCCAGAGCUGUCCUCGUUGCCAACGACGACGUUCAAACUGACGGCAAGGUUUGUCAACUCUCCACCGGGACUGCCCUAUCAACCGGCCACCUUUCGCUCGAAGCACUCGUACGUUGGUUUACCGAUCCUGAAGGCAUACUCGUCGGUGUUCAUCGACUUCCGCUUCAAGACGCUCGAACCGAAUGGGCUGCUGUUCUACAACGGAGGCAGACGAACCGACUUCCUGGCUGUUGAGCUUGUCAACGGGCACAUCCACUACGUGUUCGAUCUGGGUGAUGGUCCAAUCACGCUGCGCGAUAAAGCUCGCAUCCACAUGAACGACAAUCGCUGGCAUUCAGUCAGCAUCCGCCGACCAGGACCUAAAACGCACACGCUCGCUGUGGAUGAGUCGAUUGAGAUUCUCACGGCAACCGGUGCCAACAUGCACCUCGAGCUUGAAGGUAUCCUGUACGUGGGCGGGGUCUUCAAGGACAUGUACUUGCGGUUGCCCGCUAGCAUCGCAUCUCGAACCGGAUUUGAGGGUUGCAUCGCCUCGGUGGACCUCGCUGAUACUUCGCCCAGCCUGACGGAUGAUGCCGUCGUGCCGAGUUCGCUGGUCGUGUCCGGUUGCGAGGGUCCUACCAAGUGUAGUCAGAACGCGUGUGCUAAUCGAGGAGUUUGCGUUCAGCAGUGGAACGCGUACGCCUGCGAGUGUGACAUGACGUCCUUUACUGGGCCUACUUGUUAUGAUGAGUCCAUUUCGUACGAGUUCGGCAACAACAAGGGCCUGAUACAGUACAAUUUCCCGCCGGGACGUCAACCCGACACGGAGGAGGACAGCAUCGCGCUUGGUUUCGUCACAACGAAGUCCGACGCCGUACUGCUGCGCAUCGAAAGCUCCACCACGCAGGAUUACAUCGAGAUCGAGAUCGUGGAAGGCAACGUGUUCACGGUGUACAACGUCGGGACGCAGGAUACACCCCUCGGCGAGGUGGCUGUUAAGGUGAACGACAAUAACUAUCACAUUGUGCGAUUCAUCCGCACGGGCGCGAAUGCUACGCUUCAGAUCGAUGACUACAACGUCCAGAUGGCGUCCUCGAUCGGACACCAGUCGACUGUGUUCACGUCGAUGGCCAACAUCCAGGUCGGUGGUAAGAUCACACGCAACGGACGAUCGCGAAUCGAGCGACCCUUCAGCGGGGUGAUCGCUGGCCUUUCCGUUAAUCGGCUGCGUGUGCUCGAUCUGGUCCCGGAGCGCGAUCCGCACAUCAACGUUCGGGGCGAUGUACAAUUGGUAACUGGCGUUUUAGAUAGAAAUGACCAAAGAAUGCAGCAGAACUCUUCCGAUCAUUUCAAGACCCCGGCCAGCGGUUACCCGGGCGUGAUGGACGAUCUCAUCUUCAGCGGUGCCGGCAGCGGGUGCCGCGGUGAUGACGAGGACGAAUGUACGCCACCGUUCGAGAACGGGUCCGGUGACGACCUGAUCACGCCCGUGUACGUGCCACCGACGAAGCAAACGGCCACCACGUCGACGGGCGGCAAGGACGGGCUGGCGGGUCGAGGACGAGCCAAACCGGGUGAAAAGCUGUGCGACGAUGAGGACUGCCUGCAUGGGUCCGGUAGUGGUGAGGUUACGGAGGUGUUUACCACCUCGACGGCGAGAAGUUCCGAAACAAGCCCCGAACAGACGUACACUACGGUGGACUUUGAGCGAAAAACCGAAGGCACCACGUCACUGACGACGCAAGGACGCACGCCGGAGACGUACUCCUCACCAGGACACACAACCAACGAGCAGGACACAACGUCCGGUUCGAGCAGUGGUUCGACUAUCGGUGGUUAUGGCAGCAGCAGCAGCAGCAGCAGCAGCAGUAGCAGUAGUAGCAGCGGUUAUGGCGGCUCAGGAACCAGCUACGGCACUACGGUAUCGAUGGGUACAACACCCGGAGGUACAACGAGCGGUACAACUGCAAGUGGCCGAGUGGUGCCCAGCUCGACCGGUACCACGAUCGGACUCAGCACGUCGUACGGUUCGACGACGCAACAGCAACAGCAGCAACACGUGCCGUCAGAAACAACCGUCAGCUACCGGGAUCGGGACAGGGAUCACAUCCGCGAGACGACGUACCCACACCAACCCACUACGACCGAGGACGAGAUUGUGGAUGUGCAUGUGCGCGGUGACGACGAGGACGAUGGUGGUGUCGAGGAUCACCGCACGACGGUAAACCACCAGCCACCGAAUGGGCGACGACCGCCGCCGGUGAAGGUGGCGGAACCACCGAACCCGGAACCGGAACAACCCUACCAACCGCACCCGCAACCGUACCCACCGACACGCCUGCCCAAGCACAAGGGCGGACGCAUCAACUCGGAGGCCGAGGAGCGUACGGCGAUGAUUAUUGGCAUCGUGGCGGGUGCGUUGAUCGCCGUUAUCCUCGUGAUCCUGCUCGUGCUGUGGAUCAAAUCGAACGGUGAUCGAUCGUACAAGACGGAACACGACAAGAGUGGGCUGUAUGGGCAGGGUCCGAGUGCGGCGUUGCUCGGAGGCUCGCAUGGCAACUCGGGCACACACAACGCGCACCACUACAACCAGCAGCCGGCGCACCAUCACGGUCAGCAACCGCCGCAUCAUCAACCAUCGGCACCGCCGCAUUACAACGGGCAUCACUCGAACGGUGGCUCGACGCUGCCGUUAAACGGCUCCUUGCGGCACCAUGGACCUGGCAAUGGGGCGAUGGGUAGCGGGGGAAGCAUGAGCAUGGGAUACGGCGGGUUGAAUGGUAGUGGUAGCGAUAAGGGCAGCAUGCAAUCCGGUGGUGGUGGUGGUGGAGGUGGAGGAGGUGGUGGAGGUGGUGGCGGUGGAGGUGGUGGCGGUGGUGGAGGUCAACCCCAGCGGAACAAGAGCCGCAACUCGAAGGACAUCAAGGAGUGGUACGUGUAA